AUGUUGUCUCGGAUGUGGGGUGCUAUCAAGCGCCACCCUUAUAGGACUUUAGCGGGUGCAGCUGCAGCAGCAGCAGCAGCAGCAGCGGCAGCAGCAGCAGUAAAGAUAUACAGGCACCACAAGCGGCUUGCUGCGCUGCUAGAAGCUGAUGAGGGAGACCUGACUGGGUUGCUGCUGCAGCAGUUGGGUUUAAGUGAAGAGGAGCUGCAGCAGCUGCGGCAGCAGCAGCAGCAGCAGCAGGAGGUAACGGAAGCAGAGUGGGUGGCUGCCUUUCACUUUGUACGUAAUCAAUCUGUCUCAGAUGAUUCUCUGUUGCUGCUGCUGCAGCAGCUGCUGCAGCAACAGCAGCAGCAGCUAGAAGAAGCCUUCCCUGUUGAUGCAUACACCCGAGUGCUGCGAGAGCCGCAGCGCAGCAGCAGAAUGACGCCGCAGCAGAAGGAGGCAUGCUUCAAGGGUUUAUCUGCAAAUGUCUUAGCUAGGACAGUUUGCUGCUCCGUGCUGCUGCUGCUGCUGCUGCUGCUGCACCGCGUGGAAGUGAAUCUCCUCGCUGCAUCGCUGCUGAACAAGGAACGGCAGCAGCAGCAACAGCAGCCGCAGGAACUGCAGCAGCAGCAGCAGCAGCAACAGCAGCAGCAGCAGCAACAUCAACAGAACUUUGUCUUUCUGUCCUCUACACGCCGUGCUGCUUCUGCUGCAUUUGUAUGUCGUGUUGCUGCUGCUGCUCUUGCUGAGGUCUCUGUCUUUCUCGCGCUGCACCCACCCCACACCCCAAUAACAGCGCAGCUGCUGCAGCAGCAGCUGCAGCAAAUCAUGUGGAGAAUAUGCAAAAGGCUUUGCCGAGAGGCAGCCCAGCAGCAACGCCACCAGCAGCAGCAGCAACAGCAGCAGCAGCAGCAGCAACAGUCAGGACAGCCGGGAACGGCUUUUGUUUCGGAUGAGUCAGCAGCAACAGCAGCAGCGGAAGAAGCAGAUGCAACGACAGCAGCCGAUGCAGCAGCAGAAGCAGCAGCAGCAGCAGAAGCAGCAGCAGCAGCAGCAGCAGCAGAAGCAGCAGAAGCAGCAGCAGCAGCAGCACUAGGCAUAGAGGAGGAAUGUGGAUAUGCGGCGUUGCUGCUGCCGGAAGAGGGGUGUAUAGACAGCAGCGCGCUUGCUGCUCUGUCUCCUGCUGCAGCAGGUGAAGUGCUGCAUCUGCUGCAGGAAGCGAGAGAUGUCUUAGAUUCACCAGCAUUUGCUGCUGCUGUGAAGGGCCUCUGUGCUACUGCUGCUGCAUCUCUAGUCCGCCGCAUUGUAGAGACUGCGCAGCAAGCGGGUACGCUGCCCCCUGCCCCUGCUGCUGCUCCUGCUGCUGCUGGGGGCGGCGAUGCAGCAGCAGCAGCAGCAGCAGAUCCUUAUAAAGCCCCGUUUCAGCUUGCACGUAGUUUGGGGUGUAUAUGCAGGUUAGCAGAGUGGGCCCUAGGGGUAGGGGGACGAGGAGAGCUGCUGCAGCUGCUUGCUGCUGCAGCAGAGACAGUAGAGUUAUCUGCUUUGUGCUAUUGGUCUCCCCACUGCGAUUUUGAUAGAGUGCAGCAGCUGCUGCACCUCGUUGCCCUCGCCCAGCAGCAGCAGCAGCAGCAGCAGAUCGAUAUGCGUCAGCAGCUGCAACACCAGCAACUCCUGCAGCAAAACGCAGGUGACCCCCAGCAGGAGCAGCAGCAAACAGAGCAGCAGCAGCAAACUGAGCAGCAGCAGCAAGGGCAGCAAACUGAGCAGCAGCAGCACCAGCAGGAGCAGCAGCAAACUGAGCAACAGCAGCAGCAGGAGCUAGAGCAGAGCUCGGUUAAGACUACAGUUGCUGCUGCACUCCUCCGAAGUGAAGCUGCAGCAGCAGCAGACAAAGCCUUGAUCUGUGGCGGCGCUGCUGCUGCUGUGGGGCAGACAAUUUCAGGUGUAUAG